AAUUAGGGGGUGAAAAUUUUUAAAAAGCAAAUCUUAAGCCCUAAUCAGGAAUUUGGCGCCAUAUCAGUCCUGUUUUCUCCGAGUCAUCUUCUCUUUGAAGUAGCAGAAAACACCGCCAAAGAAGCUCGUGAACUGGAAUUUCACCGGCCAAAAAUGGUAUUCCUCCACCAACAAUUGCCUUCUCGUAAGAGACCUGCCUCUUCGUCCUUUGUCUCUCCUCUCCCUGAACUCAAAAUCCCCAAAACCACCGCCACCGGAGCACCAUCAUUUUCAGAAAACAAUGGCGUUAUGGAGGAUAGUCCAGCAGUAGCAAUUGAUAAGAUGGUAUCUAUUCUGGCAGAUGCGGGCUGUACGCUGAUAAAUCCCUCGGGUCCACCCUGCCUGCCUUCCGAUCCCCUCAAGUUCCGCUCUCAUCUCGACCGCUUAUUUUCGGCUUCCAGUGACGGCUGUGACCUUCGCUCCCAUUUCCUUGCUGGCUUCUCCUCUUUCAUUGACUGCCCUAAAAAUCUUCGAAGGGUUUUGGUUCCUUCAAAUCAAAGUGGCAGAAGUGAAAGCUUACUUCGACAACUUUUGCUGGUCCCGGUCAUCCAAUUGGACCUCCAGAUAUUGUUUCUCGAGAAAAUUCCUGAAUAUUUCGAUGUUGAUCCAGAGUGUUCGCUUGAGGAUGAUGUUGCACGGCUUAUCAUUAAUCAUUUUCGGUGGCUUGAUUUUAUAGUUGAUUGUUGUGCCUUCUGUGAAAAAUUGAUGCAAGUUCUCAUUAUCUGCCCUUUACACUUGAAGAAAGAGGUUAUUGGAUCCUUGCCGGAGAUUGUUGGUGAUCAAAGCAAUAAGGCUGUUGUUGAUUCCCUUGGAGAAAUGCUCCAAGAAGACUCUUCUAUCAUCAUGCCUGUGCUUGACUGUUUUUCAAACCUUAAUUUGGAUGACAUAUUGCAAGAACAGGUUAUUACCAUAGCAAUAUCGUACAUUAGAACAAUUGAUGGGGAACAAAUGCCUCAUUUGCUUAGAUUCUUACUGCUUUCAGCGACACCUCUAAAUGUUCGAAGAAUAAUAUCACACAUUCGUGAGCAGCUUAAGUUUAUAGGAAUAUCUCAUGAAAUGCAGCACAAAAAACUCAAAGGAAAAUCACUUAUGGCCAAUACAGAGGCAUCUACUCUUGAUGCCUUGAGAACUAGUCUUCUAUCUAAGAGUAUGCUAUGUCAAGAGAUUUUGAAAUUACUGAUUAGCCUUGAGAAGCCUCAGGAUCACAAGAUCAUAGACUUGUGGCUGCUUGUGUUGAUAUACAUGAAAGGAAAGUCAAUGCAAAAGAGCAUUGAGAAGAUUUUUAGGAAGAAAGUUGUUGAAAACUGUAUUCAGAAAGUUAUGAUUGACCAGUGUAUUCAUGGGAACAAGGAAGUUGUACAGGAUUAUUUUCCAUCAUUUCUUUCUUUGUCCGAGUACUUGUUGGCAUGUAGAGAACAGAAGGCAAGGGAGUUUGGCACUCACAUUUACGCAUGCUUGUUUGAAGAGUUUGGCGAUUCUUACUUUAGACAGGAAGUUCUUAGUGCACUUGUAACUCAUGUGGGUUCUGGAGUUAGCUUUGAAGUGACUUCUGCUUUGGAGACCAUGGCUUUCAUGGCCUCCAAAUAUGCCCAAGAAUUAAUUCCACUUUCUACUCAUAUAAAUGGUAUAUUGGAUUACUUGGAGGGGUUUAACAUUGAAAAUCUGCAUAAGGUUUAUGAAAUUUUCAGUCACCUGGCACUGUUGGCUCCAUCUAGUGUGGAAUGUUUGGGGUCUUCCUUUGGAAGUGAACUUUUCAUGAUACUGCGGAAACAGGUCAGCCAUCCAGAUCUGAAGUACAAAAAGAUGGGUUUAAUCGGAACUCUAAAAGUGGUCUCUUGUCUUGCAGAUGCAAGUAAAGUUAGUGGUUCAUCAUUCGAGACAACCAACUGUGAGGAGGCUUUGGAACUCUUAAGAACAUCUUUGGAUUCUUCCAAACAUUUUUGCUUACCAUUGAUCCUUUUUUAUGAUGAACUGACUGUAAUGCUAGAACAUAAAAGACUUCAGCCAGCAAUUAUUGAAUGGACUGCCAGACAUAUUGACGAUUUUGAAUCUAUGUUUCUAUCUGAUCUUGAUGGUGGCCAAUUGCAUGGUACUGAUGCAUAUGGCGGUUUAGAAGGAGAACUAUGGAUGAAUCUAGAUGGUGACAUAUCUCCUGUUUGUUUGAAUAUCUUUCCAUUGGCCUCCUCUUCCUUGCAGUCUACAACUUUACAAAUUCUCCCUGCGUACUUUCUUUUACUUUCGGUUGUGGAGAGGUUGACAAAUCGGGGAUCUCUUGGUGGAAUUGAUGCAUUACUAGGCUGCCCUUUACACCUUCCCUCAUCUAAGGAUCUUACAACGAAGCGGAUUAUUGGUAAAGGAUAUGAGUCUGGAGGCCUCUACGUCAUUGACAAACAGUACUUCUCUAUAGCUGGCUGGAAGUCGCUUACAGCAAAGCAGAAACAGAUUGUUUGCCUUUCUCUUUAUUAUGCAACCAACUGGAUUAGAGAAUUGCUUAAUGCUUUCUGUACACAAGUUGCUCGAGGAUUUGAAUGCAUAAGCCAAGCUACAAAGGAGGAUAUAAUUGCCAAACUAUUGAAGCGACUGAGGAAUCUAGUAUUUCUGGAAAGCUUAUUAAAUAAUUCCAUUCAGUGCCAUCCUAUGUCUCUACCAGAUGUCCAUCUUCAUGUGCAGCAUUCUGGAGCUUCACUCUUAGAUAAUGCCUAUGAUAUGGUGCAUGCGGAAAAUAAGAAUAAGCAUAAGAAAACACACGAUACCACAUCUCCAAACAAGAGACAACAUCAAAAAGUCUCAACUCCAUCAAUUUCAGGUACAAACAGAAAACUCCAGCAGCCAACAAUAUUUGAUGUGUUGAGGAAAGGGAGAGCUAUAACUAGCCAACAGGUCUUACACGAGGAUUCUUCUGGCCAAUCUUUGAAGUUACUCAAUUCUACAGAUCAAGAACCUGAUGCAAUUGAACAGAAAAUUUUAGAGGUUCCUGGAGCUACCAAGGCUCUAAAUGCACAGAGAUUUAAAUUUAGGCCUCUUCUGAUUCAAUGCUUUUCUCUUCUGGAAUUUUCAAAGAAGCAGGGCUCCUGUUGUUCUGAUCCUGCAGCUGAGUUACCCCCGUAUCUAUACCUUUUGCGUGAUCUUCACAACAAGCUGGACUACUUCACUCCUGGAAAGCAAUUCUCAUCCAGAUGCACAAAUCCUGCUCCUGGUUUCUGCAGAAUGACUGUGGAAGAAUUCUUGACCAAAAUUAGACCACUCUUCCCAAUUCUCAGAAGGCAUUUUGAUUGUGCAGUUUCUAUUCUUUUAGAAGGUGAUGGAACUUGUGAAGAACAUUGGAAAGUGCAAUCUUCAGCUGCGGGCAACCCAGAGAUUACCAAGCUUGCAUUUUCAAAAUCUUCUGUUUCUGUUUUGGUAUCUAAAGAAGUACUUCAUUGUUUUAGUAAGAUGUUAGACCUUCCUGAAGUGCAAAUGGGAAAAGCAGUUCUCUCAGAUCUGCUUGAAGCCUUCCAGCCCAGCAAAAUAUCUGAGAAUGUUUUCUCUGACAUACAACCUAGGCCUUUACCUGGGACAACUGAAUAUUUAUAUCUAGGUGUUGCUUCAUUUUUAGAAGAUGUGUUGAAUGCAGCAUGUUUAUCGUCCUUUAUGUUGGCUUCAGUGUCUCUUUUUACCCUAGAAUCAAUUGUUACCUCAGUCCAGACAUUCCUUGAUAAGUUGGGGAGGAAUGGUGAAAGCACACACUCAAUAUCCAUUCAUAGGGUGCUUCCAACCUUGCGCAGCAUACUUGGAAGUUCAGCCCAGAAGCUUCUGAAGAACAACUGGGAUGAUGUAAACCUAGAGAAUGGUUGGAAAAACAAAGGAGAAAUCAUGCAAAAAAUAUUGUAUAUUUACAUGGAGAAUAGUGAGUCUAAGUCUGAUUUGCUGGAUGAGCUGGCCUGCUCCAUUUUGCCUCAGGAUCUUACGACGAAGCAGAUUAUUGGUAGAGGAUAUGAGUCCGGUGGUCUCUACAUCCUGAAUAAAUAUGUACCGCGAUCUCUUACUUGCUCUAGCACCUUAACUGCGCUCGAAAUUCAUUGUCGUUUAGGCCAUCCCUCCUUGGCUACCUUGAAGAAGUUAUGUCCUCAAUUUCAAUCUUUGUCAGUCUAAGAGUGUGAGUCAUGUCAGUUUGCUAAGCACCAUCGUCUACUUUCUGCACCUAGAGUCAAUAAACAGGCUUCGUCCCCUUUUGAGUUAGUUUAUUAUGAUAUUUGGGGUCCUUGUUCUAUUACUUCUAAAACUGGUUUCAAGUAUUUUGUUACAUUUGUUGAUGAUUACUCCCGUGUUACUUGAUUAUUUUUAAUGAAGAAUCGUUCGGAAUUGUUUUCUAUUUUUUGUGCCUUUUGUGCUAAGAUUCAAACUCAAUUUAAUGCUUCUGUGCGUAUAUCAAGAAGUGAUAAUGCUAAGGAAUAUCUUUCUGGUAAUUUUCCAACCUAUAUGUCAAAAAAGGGCAUUUUUCAUCAAACAUCUUGUGUUGAUACUCCAUCCCAGAAUGGGGUUGUUGAAAGAAAAAAUAGACAUCUUCUUGAGGUAGCAAGGGCAAUCCUUUUUCAAAUGAAGGUCCCUAAAUAAUUUUGGGAUGAUGUAAUUUCUACAGCUUGUUUCUUGAUUAAUUGUAUGCCAUCAUCUGCGCUUAAUGGUGACAUUCCUUAUGCCAUUUUGUUUCCUUCUAAAUCUUUGUUUCCUUCUAAAUCUUUGUUUCCUAUUGAACCUCUUAUCUUUGGUAGUAUUUGUUUUGUGAGAGAUGUUCGUCCACAGGUUAUUAAACUGGAUCCCAAGUCCCUUAGGUGUCUCUUCCUUGGCUAUUCUUGACUUCAAAAAGGGUACAAAUUUUUUUCUCCAACCCUCAAUCGUUAUAUUGUGUCUGCUGAUGUUACCUUUUUUAAAUCUACUCCGUUCUUUCCUCCCUCUCCUAGUUAUUAGAGUCAGGGGGAGGAAGAUGAUCUCUUAGUCUAUUAUGUUCAUCCAGUGUCAAGUCCACAGCCAAGUCCUUAGAAUCCUCCUGCAUCGCU